AUGGGGACUAUCAGAAUAUACGGAGUAGCUUUGAUUGUAUCGAUGUUUUUAUUUGGUCAGUCAUGGAGUGUAACGGAUGGAGAAGUACGUAUCAGGAACAACGGCUCAUUCUCAGACCUAGUCUACGGUAGAGUAGAAGUCUACCACUCCGGCCAGUACGGGACUAUAUGCAGUGCACGCUGGGGACAGACUGAGGCUGACGUGGUCUGCAGGCAACUGGGGUAUGCCUUUGGUACGGCUGUCACGGGGCUAUCGUACGGACAGGGGACGGGAACUGUCUGGUUGUCAAGUGUCAGCUGUUCCGGAAGUGAGGCCACACUAGCAGACUGCCAUAUUGUCACGUGGGGUGGUGAUGACACCUGUGGUCACGAGGAAGAAGCGGCUGUUGUUUGCUACAGAAAUAAUCCAGGGGAGGGUGAUGUUCGACUAGCUGGAACACAUUUCUCUGGCCGUGUUGAGCUGUUCCAUAAUGGCGUAUGGGGUACUAUGGCCAACAUUGACCGCACGGCUGCUGACGUUAUUUGCCGCCAACUCCACUACGAUUAUGGGAAAACUGAAUCACUUGUGACGCACGCGGAUGCAAGCGUCCCCGUGCACGCUUCACGUGUAAGAUGCAGUGGACCGGAGGCGCAGCUCAGCGCGUGCGCAGUAACGUGGGCAGUCAAUGCACAGAGCUCACAUAAUCACUCUAGGGACGCGGGUGUGGUGUGCUUUCAAAAUGAGUCGCCUUCCGUCCGCCUAGCGGGUGGAGGAAUGAAUUACGGCCGAGUGGAGGUGCAAUAUAACGGGAUAUACGGAACUGUCUGUGACACGAACUGGGACUACAGAGAUGCCAAAGUCAUUUGCAAUAUGCUUGGCCUCUCAUAUGGGAAACCUCUCAGGAAUUCCAGAUUCGGUGGCGGUAAAGGCAUCAUAUGGCUAAACAAUGUGAACUGCCAGGGAUCCGAGGCAGUGUUAACAUCGUGUAGUUUUAACCUCUGGGCCACAAACCUAUGUGAUCAUAAUCACGAUGCUGCAGUAUACUGUUCAAAUGAAGGACUAGUCAGCGGUGUAUUUGGUUAUGACGAGAUUCGCCUUAAUAAUGGCAGCGUGGGUUAUGUGGAAAUACGACGCAACAACACAUGGGGUGGUAUUUGUGAUGACGGGUGGAGUGACAGAUCGGCAAAUGUCGCCUGCAAAGAACUGGGAUACAAAUCUGGAAGAGCGUAUAGGCAAUCAAGACACGGGAUUGCUUCUCGAGGUUUCUGGCUGGAUUACGUACAGUGUACCGGACAGGAACCUUCUCUGUCCUACUGUCUACACUCUCAGUGGACCCACGACUGCUUCACUGACGAGACGGCUUCAGUAGAAUGUUUUGGCACCGAAAUAGCCUCCUCCCUUGACUGCGAUUUCGAAUACAAUGGCCUGUGCAACUACACCAACAACCAAUCCUCCGAGAUAACGUGGUUGUUACACUCCGGGAGUACCAAUAGCCGCCUGCGGUCUGGUCCUAUAAACGACCAUACAUAUGAGAAUGCAGAAGGGCAUUACAUCUAUGUUGAAGCGUCUGCAAAUGAUGAGAAGAAGGCGCAGUUGAUUUCCCCGGCCAACACCGUAUCCUCCCCCACGUGCCUUGCCUUUUGGUAUCACAUGUUUGGUUACGACACCGGACACUUGAAUGUGAUACGGCGUUCUACAAGCGGGGUCGACGAGAUGGUUCUUUGGCAACGAAGCGGUCCGCAGGGUAACACAUGGAAGCACGCAGAGAUCCAGCUGCCAGCGGGGACCUACCAUGUUGUGUUUGGGGCGAAGAUAGGUUUGGGUUUCACGAGUGACAUGGCCCUAGACGACAUCACUGUACAGGCAGGACAAUGUAAAAACACAGACGGCGCUCACAUAGGACUGUACGAGAUAGCUAACAGUGACCCGGCAGUGAGAGUUGAAGCCAAUGGAAAGUGGCGUUUUAUUUGUUUCGAGGGAUGGGACUAUCGAGACGCUGUGGUUGCCUGUAAGGAGCUGGGGUACCAAUACGGACGACCCGGUAAGAUUAGGCUGGUCGGGAGUCUCGUCUACAGUGUUCACCAAAACAUACGUUGCACAGGGUCAGAAACGUCGUUAACAAUGUGCAAAGGGGAGUUUUCCGAGCCAUUCAAGUGUCGUCACAACCAAGUGGCUACGGUGGGGUGCACGUCAACUGUGGUACCAACCGAUAUCUACUUAGUGGGCGGCAGCCAGCCCGGGAGCGGACGAGUGGAGAUUGUGUAUAAUGGAGUCCGUGGAACAAUCUGCGACGACCAUUUUGACGACAAUGACGCCACAAUAAUUUGCAGGCGACUUGGCUAUGUGAGGGGCAAGGCUUUGAGAGGAGCUUUUUUCGGCCCUGGAAACGGAUCUAUAGUCCUAGACGAACUGUCCUGUUACGGACUGGAGCCGGAUGUAAACUUUUGUGGU